AUGCAUCAACCUGAUUUACUCAAUCUCCAACAAGAGAGUGGUCCACCCAAAUGGGCUCCACAUAUGAACUACCCAUAUGGAGCGGUGGUGUUCUAUGCAGGUACGUACUGGAGGAGUGAAGGGAAUCACACAUCAAGAAAUGAACCGGAAGGUGCUCCUACAAACAACCUCAGUCUCUGGACACCAGUCGGGUCAAGUGGUGGAUAUCCCACUCACACACAACAACAGCAACAGCAACAGCAACAAUACCAAGCUCAAUCUUCCUACUUCCCUCAACAACAUCUGCAGCAACAAUCAUACAGUCCUCAACAAGGAUAUUAUGGUCAAAGCCAACCACCAUCAUAUUCUCCUCACUCACCAGCGCAAGCACCAGGAUACCCUCAACAAGGAUAUCACGCAUCGUCAUCAUCGUCAUCCAACCUGUAUGCUGCCUCACCUCAGUAUUCAAAUCACCAAUCAUCGUCGAGCUCAUCAUCCGAGAAAAAUGAUACACCUUCAUCAGGAGAGACCGUGACCAACGAGAAAGGGCUAUCUUCAAGUACUUCUUUCUUCUCUGAAAAGGCAAAUGAAUCUCUGAGAUAUCUAACGAUGAAGAAGGAAAGUAACGAUGUGAACGACAAAGAUGAGCUGAAACAUGAGUUGAAAGGAAGGAGAAUUUGGAGAACGGGUGGUAUCGGAGUUUGGGCAUAUUCAGAGAACGCAAAAGAAGAAGAGCUGAAAAAGAAACUAUGGAAAGAUUGGUCAGAUGAUCAUGACGCGAAGGAUUGGGCUAAGAUCGCAAAGGAAAGGAAGGAUUUCUACGAGAAGGAAUCUAAAGGUGUGAAGCCACUGUUCACGUGGAAAUUGGUUGAAAAAGGUCAAAGACUACCUAGUGAUGCUUUGCCUAUCGGUCAUGAACAGGAUGGAGCGGUUUUGUACGCUGCUAGAUCGUGGUGGGAAGGCGGUAUCCACCUAGGCAAAGCUGGUCAUCAUCUCAAUUCAGGAGCAUCCAUCUCGUACGGUGGCGCAGAGAUCACUUUGGACACAUACGAAAUUCUUUGUGGACCUAUCAAUGAGCCAUAUCUGGUUAAGUGGAUGAGUUACCGACACGGCGAGGUAGCCACUGUACAAGGUUGGCAACCGAUCGAGGGUGGAAGAGAGAAGGAUGGAACAGCGCUGCUAUUGGCCAAAGGCGAUUACGAGAAUGGCCAACAUCCAGGCAAAUGCCUUAUCAACGAUGAUCACGCUUGUGUUGGAUACGGAGGUGGCGAACUUUGGGUUCGACCAUUUUCAAUCCUUGCAUAUGCUAAUCCUGAUCGACGGUAG